GAGGAGGAGGCGGUGCAGAGCCCAGGAAGCAGCGUCACGGUGGGGCGGGGACUGCGGACUGGUCGCGAUGGCGGCCGUGGAGACCAAGGCCUCCCCCAUCCAGCUGGAGGACUGCUCCUUCCUGCCCGUCCUUCACGACAUCAUUAAAUGCAUGGACAAAGACAGCCAAGAAGUGCACCAAGAGCUCAACAAACUCAAGACCAAGCUGCAGGAUACCAGGGACAUGGUUUCGUCGAUGCCUGGGAUUGAUGUUAAUCCCGAACAACAGCAGCAGCAGCUUCAGAGCUUGCGUGAUCAGGUCCGCACCAAGAACAAACUUCUACAGAAGUACAAGAGCCUCUGUAUGUUUGAUAUCCCCAAAGCAUAGGGAGCUGCUGUGUUUCACCGAGAGGGAAAAUUCCCAUACCGGGUUCUCUUCACUUACCUGCUGAGUGGAGAACUACAAAUUGAGCAACUUUGUGUGUUUAAUUAUGCUUUAUAGAGAACCUCGAGUUGCAAGCGCAAUGCUAAACCUUGCACCAAGGGAAUUGGUAUUUGUAAAAAUAUUUAUUUCGUUUAAAAUAACUUUGCCAUGCCUCAUUAUUUCCACAUUUGCAUUGAAUAAUCUUCACAGAUCAUUUUGAAGGUGAAGGUACAUGAUGCUUUAGUGAGCUGUUGUGGUUUGAGUCAUCCGAAAUUAAUAUCUUGUGCUAUUUUAAUUAAACACCAAAAAGUUGCAAGGGGCCAUUGCUCUCAAUCCACACUUCCAUCAUAGCGCUGCUGGCGGAGCUGCCCUAAUAACCGUGUUCGAUUCUGACCUUGGGUGCUGUCUGUACGGAGUUUGUAUGUUCCAUCUGUGGCUGUGUGGGUUUCCUCUGCGUGCAACAGUUUAAACAUGCCUAGGUUCUGGGAGCAGAAUUAACUCAUUCGGCCCAUCUAGUCUACUCCACCAUGGUUGAUCUAUCCCUCUCAACCCCAUUCUCCUGCCUUCGCCCCAUAACCCCGACACCCUUACCCAUCAAGAAUCUGUCAUUCUCCUCCUUGCGAAUAUCCAUUGACUUGGCCUCAACAGCGGACUUUACUCCCACAUUGUCUGUGUGAAUUGAGUUGUAAAAUUAUUUAUUUUUGUUGUCUGGCUGCAGAAAGCAAAGUUCCUCACAGAAAAAUACAGUUCAUUUGAAUUGAUUUAAAAGACGUGCUGGUUUGGAGGUUAAUUGCCCUCUGUAAAAUGCCCCUAAAGUGUUGAGGGUGGACGAGAAUGAGGGAUACCAUAGAAACGGGUGUGAAUCGAUGGUCGGCAUGGGCUCGGUGGGCUGAAGGGCCUGUUACCAAUCUUUGAAUCAAUCAAUUAUUGGAAAAUUUGGAUUUGUUGCAUUUCAAUUCUUGCAGAUUUUCGUAUAAGGAAGCAGCAUAGAAAACCUAUAGCAGUGUUACGCUUGUAGUUGUAAAAUUGGUUGUCAUUCAACACUGCUGGCAGCGAUCCCUGCAUUAUAGAGGGAGGGGUGAGUGUUCCUAGAAAAUGGUUGGUAUCUCAGCUUCCUGCAACAUGGAGCUGUGCCAUCUGUGCAUGCACCAAGAAACAUGCAUUAGAAAAGAAAUUUUGGAUUUAGUUACUCUUUCUAUUCCCCCACAUAUUCCAUGGAUUUAAUUCCGCAUCUCAAACUUUUGUGCCAUGAAUUCUGUAAGGGCAAAUUUGUUAUCUGAACAGCUAUAACACGGGAGAUAGACAAAAAUGCUGGAGAAACUCAGCGGGUGAGGCAGCAUCUAUGGAGGGAAGGAAUAAGUGACGUUUCGGGUCGAAACCCUUCUUCAGACUGUCUGAAAAAGGGUCUCGACCCGAAACGUCACCUAUUCCUUCGCUCCAUAGAUGCUGCAUCACCUGCUGAGUUUCUCCAGCAUUUGUGUCUACUCCGAUUUUUCCAGCAUCUGUAGUUUUUUCUUAAACAGCUAUAACACAGGAAUCACCUGCACAAAUUAUCACGCUGAAAGAGUAACAAAUAUUGAAGUUUGAAUCUGUAAACAUGGUCAUUAAAUUUAUGCUACACGUUCUGUAUUACUGUUUGUUUUUGAUUAAAGCCUUGUCAUUAAAUAUCCAACCGAAAA